CGCCGCCGCCGCGCCGCACCCGCCGACGGCCACCGACAUGGCUCUCUACUGCGGCGACAACUUCGGCGUGUACUCUCAGCCCGGCCUGCCCCCGGCCACCGCCGCCACUGCCCCGGGCGCCCCUCCGCCCUCUCGAGCGCCCUACGGACUGACCGACUACGCCGCACCGCCGGCUGCCGCCGCCAACCCCUACCUGUGGCUCAACGGGCCGGCGGUGGGCGGUCCCCCCGCCGCCGCCGCCGCUGCCGCCGCGUACCUAGGCGCCCCCCCGCCGCCGCCGCCGCCCCCCGGGGGCGCGCCGGGUCCCUUCCUGCAGCCGCCGACCGCCGCCAGCACCUUCGGCUGCGCGCAGCGGCCCUUCGCGCAAUCCGCGUCCGCCGCGCCCGCCUCGCCCGCGGGGCCCGCGGCGCCCGGGGAGCUGGGCUGGCUGUCCAUGGCCAGCCGCGAGGAUCUGAUGAAGAUGGUGCGGCCACCCUACUCGUACUCGGCGCUCAUCGCCAUGGCCAUCCAGAGCGCGCCCGAGCGCAAGCUCACGCUCAGCCAUAUCUACCAGUUCGUGGCCGACAGUUUCCCCUUCUACCAGCGCAGCAAGGCCGGCUGGCAGAACUCCAUCCGCCACAACCUGUCGCUCAAUGACUGCUUCAAGAAGGUGCCCCGCGACGAGGACGACCCAGGGAAGGGGAAUUACUGGACCCUGGAUCCCAACUGUGAGAAAAUGUUUGACAACGGGAACUUCCGUCGGAAGCGAAAGCGCCGCUCGGAAGCCAGUAACACCCCCGCGGUAGAUGGGACAUCCAAAUCUGAAGAGGGGCUCUCCCCAGGACUGGGGUCUGGAGUAGGGGGAAAGCCGGAAGGGGACAGCGCCUCUGCGUUGCUGAGACCCUCCCAGUCCCCGGAACCUCCUGAGGGCACCAAGAGUACUGCCUCCUCCCCUGGAGGGUCCCUGCUCUCUUCUACCCCCUGCCUGAACAGCUUCUUCAGCAGCCUCGGCACCCUAAGCGUCAGCAGCAGUGCAAGCACCCAGCGAGCGCUCCCGGGUGGCCGCCACCUAGGGAUCCAGGGGGCCCAGGUGCCCUCCAGCGGCACAUUCCCCCCCAGCUCCGGCUCGGACGCCUCUCCAGACACCUUGCAGCUAAGUCACAGCACGGGCAACAGCAGCAGCCAGAGAUCUUCCUAUUAUAGUCCCUUCCCGGCCAGCACCAGUGGGGGGCAAAGCGGCCCCUUUGGCAGCCCUUUCUACAACUUCAGCGUGGUCAACAGCCUCAUCUACCCCCGAGAGGGCUCUGAGGUAUAGAGCACAGCGUGUUUCUUAGACC